GGAGCCACAUUAUGUUGUUUCUGGUCUCAUUUAUUAUUGUGUGUGAUUAUUGUGUUAUGCGCUUAUAUUGUAGGUGGUGGGCGUUUUCAUGACGUUUUGAGCGAAGUGUUGUUUGCUUCACCUGUGCACCUAGGUUUCUUUUGGGCUUUGACGGAGAGGGGGUGAAAAUGGGAGCGCACAAUAGUCAAUAUUAGUCAACAAAAGGUGAUCCAUCAAACUGGAUCUACGGAAAUGGUGCAUUAUCUGCGGAUUCCUCGGAUAACCAGGGAAUGCAUUGGCUAUCGGAGGAAAUAUUGAAGGCACGGAGCUCCGAAAUCAAUAGAACGGGGCCGCAAGCAGCACAGCCAAGCGGUUGCUGAACCGUUGAGAUGGACAAACCACAGAAUGACCAGCCAGCAGAUCACAGGAUGAGCGAAUCUAGGAAGACUUCUGAACAGCAGCCAAUCACAGCCUGUCUGUUGAGCGCAGCCUUCUUCGGUGCCCUGGGGUCAUCUUUCAUUUAUGGCUACAACCUCUCCGUGGUCAAUGCUCCUGCUUUGUUCAUUAAAGCUUUCUACAAUACCACAUGGAUUGAGAGAUAUGGGGAGCCUCUUUCAGCAGAGACAGCCACCCUCCUCUGGUCCGUCACGGUGUCCAUAUUUGCUAUUGGGGGCGUAUUUGGAACUCUCGCCGUCUCUCUAAUCCUCAAAGUACUGGGAAGAAAGGGAACCUUGCUGCUGAAUAACAGCUUUGCUAUAAUAUCUGCUCUGCUGCUGACUCUGGGUGAAAGGGCCAAAUCUUUUGAGAUGCUCAUCAUUGGCAGGCUCAUUAUCGGGGUAAACUCUGGCAUAGCUCUCAGCGCCCUCCCCAUGUACCUUGGAGAAAUUACGCCAAGACAUAUCCGAGGUUCAAUAGGCCAGUUCAAUGCCAUCCUGAUCUGCUCGGGAGUGUUCACAGGACAAGUGCUGGGGCUGCCCGAGCUGCUGGGUCAGGAAUCCAGAUGGAGCUACCUGUUUUCCUUCCUGGCGUUGCCUGCAAUGCUGCAGCUGUGUGUGCUGCCCUUCCUCCCAGAGAGUCCUCGCUACCUGCUGAUAGAAAGGAGGGAUGAGGCUGGAGCAGAAAGAGCCUUUCAGAGGCUUUUGGGAAAGAAAGAUGUGUCCCAGGAGCUGGAGGAGGUCCACACAGAGGCUCGGGCUCAGGACAACCUACACACCGCCUCUGUGUUACAGCUGCUGAGGAGCCCAGCUGUUCGCUGGCAGCUCAUCACCAUCAUCAUAACCAUGGCCUGCUAUCAGCUAUGUGGCCUCAAUGCUAUCUGGUACUACACCAAUGGGAUUCUUCGGGAUGCAGGCUUUGCCGAAAACAUUAUCCCCUACAUCACACUGAGCACUGGGGCCAUAGAGACUUUGGCUGCCAUCAUCUCGGGCUUAGUGAUUGAACGAAUCGGGAGGAGGCCCCUCCUCAUCUUUGGGUUCUGUGCCAUGGCCGUAUUCUUCAGCCUACUCACAGUGUUCCUCAAUUUCCAGGACAGGCUGUCAUGGAUGCCCUACCUCAGUUACAUCUCUAUACUGGCUGUGAUCGCGUCCUUUUGCUCUGGGCCAGGUGGCAUCCCCUUUGUUCUGACCGGGGAACUCUUUGAACAAUCCUACCGACCUGCCGCUUUCAUGAUUGCUGGCAUAGUUAACUGGCUUUCCAACUUUGCUGUGGGCCUCCUGUUCCCAUUUAUUCAGGACACGUUGCAGUCCUUUGCCUUCCUGGUGUUUGUGGUGGUCUGCGUCUUGGGAGCUAUCUAUCUCUUUGUUGUCCUACCUGAGACUAAAAAUAAGACAUUCAUGGACAUCAGUAAGAGCUUUGCCAAGAUCAACAAAAUCCCUGCCACUUUGCCCAGCAAUGAAAUGGAGCUGAUUCUGUCAAUUAAGCCUGACAUGAAUGGAAUAGUCCAAGAUAUUGCUAAGAUGGAGAGUUCCUUCUAGAUGAAAAAACUACACUAAUGGUGGAGAAGCAAGGUUGAAACAUAAAGUGAAAGUAUUUGUUGUUUGUACAUAUUAUUUAACGUGGUCAAUUAAAUGAAAAUCAGUGAUUCAGGUCCAAUGUAUUUUGUACACAGAAACAAAGGUGUCCAUUAUGUGGUGAAGGGGUGUCCAUGUAUUUAAAUGACAUUGUUGAAGAGUGGUAGGGAGAUUUCAAUUUCAAUUUUUCAAUAUCCUGCAUUUCAGUUUAAUUCCUGAUCAUAUCAGGAGCUAUGGUUCCACAGAUUGCAUUUUUCCAACUGGAAAGCAGGCAGGGAAGUGAGGAGAAUAAUAAUAGGAAGUGUUGUCUCUCAAAACUCUGUUCCAGCAUGUUACUCUCGAGGUGUUAUACUCUCAGCGGAGUUAGUUAGUUGCUAAUUGGCAAAGAUGUGCUGGUGAUUGCUGGUAGGAGAGUAAUUAUAAGAUCCUAGUAGCAAAGACAUUCAUAUUACAUGUUUAAUUACAUGCACUGUAGGGUAAUGCUGUGUUAAAAAACUGUUUGUCCAAACUCUUCCAUAUUCCCUCAGGAAAUGUUAAAUAAACUUCCCAUUAGGCAGACAUGUACAACGUACUAGAGACCCGGACUUGAAUAAAAGUGCUCUAUCAAAAAAGUGACUUGAGUAGAAGUUGAAGUGCUCUUUAAGAUUCACACUUAAAUGGAAGUACUAAAAUGUACAAAAAUGUUUGUACUUAAGUAUUGCAAGGAGUUUAUUUUAAAAUGAACUACUCAAGUACUGAAAGUAAAAGUACAAGUAUUGUUGUAUGCAGUUAUUAAAGAAAGCAAUCAAAAGUUU